CAACAAGAGCAACAGGAGAGACAAGAGGCAGAAACUGGGCUUUAUAUUGCCCUCACUUUUCAGGGACACAGGAGACACACCAGGAGUUUGUAAAGGCAAGCAAAGACUGGAUAGCAAUUUUUACUUCACCUUGCAAGUCUACCAGAAUAAUCUGUACUAGCUAAGGAUAUGAUCAUGAAGACCAAAGAAGAUGCUAAAUGCUCUGCAGCCAGCAAGCUCCAGAAACAGGAAUGGAAAUUCCAGGACUCCAUGAAGAUAACUGCCUUUCUCCUGAUCCCUGGCCUGCUCCUGUAUGUUGCUUUUGGGAACUCUGUCACCUGGUACCUUCAAACAUUCUGGAAAGCAUCCAGUUUCUUCUGGCAGACUCAGUGGGAGAAUCUGCACCACAGACUAGGGGGAAAUGAAUGGGCGAUUUUCACCUUUGGCACAGCCAUAGUUCCUCUAUUUAUUUUCUGGGGUUUGAAUGGAAUCUUCCUGGUGGCAGAUACAACCCAGAAGCCAAGCUUCAUCACACAAUACAGUAUCCGCUUGGGGAAGAAGGACCUUAUUGACAGAGCAAAAUUGUUCAAUGUCAUCCGAACGGUACUGUUCAACCAGUUUUUCAUCACUCUUCCAAUGUUGAUGCUCAUGUUGCCCAUUUUGAAAAGGAGAGGUGAUCCAUGCAGUUUGUCAUUGCCCACCUUCCAUUGGUUUCUUCUUGAGUUGGCUGUCUAUGUAAUACUGCAGGAAAUUAGCUUCUAUUACAUUCACCGGCUUAUUCACCACCCUCUUCUGUUUAAACACAUACACAAAAAGCAUCAUGAAUGGACUGCUCCUGUGAGCAUUGUCAGUAUCUAUGCUCAUCCAGUAGACCACAUAAUUUCAAAUAUGGUGCCUCUGCAGAUUGGCCCAGUCCUCCUUGGAUCUCAUGUUACUUCAAUCAUGGCAUGGCUAUCUCUUGCAGUUCUGAAUAGCACAGUUGUUCACUCUGGCUAUCAUUUGCCAUUCCUGCCUCCACCAGAAUUCCAUGACUACCAUCAUCUCACAUUCAAUCACUGUUACGGGAAUUUGGGAAUAAUGGACCACCUGCAUGGAACAGAUACAUCUUUCAAGCAGACAAAGGUCUACAUGAACAUCUCAAAAAGCCUCCCUGAAUUGCCAAAAAAAUCUGAAUGACCUUCCCUAAGUACAGCCUAUUGGCUCUAUUCUGAAAAUAGGAAUAAGAAAAGAUGGAUGUGUCAAAUUUUUCUUAGCAAUGAGAUCGAAGAUACUGUUAUAGGAAAUUUUGCUUUUCGAUCAUAAGACAGAACUUGGUGUGGGUAGGGUAUGUACUUUGAAAGGAAUUAAAAUUAAUGUAAUAUUUGCAUUAUACAGAAGUAUCUAGUGUCUAGAUUGUAGUUCAAAGUAACUGCUGCCUUGGAUAGUAUUACAAAUGUCUGUUUAGACAUAUGUAGGUUUUACUGGGAUAUAUUUCCAGUAUUCUAGCUGACAGAAAACCAGCUUCUGGCAGAAUUUCAGGUUAGUUUUUCCUAGAAAUUCAGCUUGACACAAUACAAAUUAUCAAGACCAAGACCUCUCUGAAAAAUUAUUCAGCAGUAUCAAGAAAGCAACUAUGUCUUCUUUUAACUGUAGGGCCAAAUUAAACAUGACGACAUCCAUGAUGGACUAGACCUGUAGAUACCACCAUUUUUUGAGAUUUUAAAAUGUCAAAAGGGUCAGCUCCUGAUCAGGGCCUCAGUACAGCAGGCUGAGGCAAUUUUGUCCCGCUAUCAACAGAACCAACAAGCCCAAAGAAUCAAUGCAGAACCAUGGUAUCUCAGCAGAAGCACAGGACAAUGUGGCAAGCCUAAUGUAACAAAAUGUCAAAUCAGCAAAUCCAUUGUCAAACCAGAGAAUCCUUCAAGCAAACUGCAACAAAAACCUGGGAAAACAUAGAAACGUGGUAAAAUUUCCGGGGGGGGGGGGGGCGGCAGUGGGAGCCUUAAAAUGCUGGUUCCUGCUAUUCCUGGUUACUUCCAAGUAUUUCUGGGGGUAUUUAGAACCCAUUCCUCAAUAUCCCAAAAAAUCCCAUCUGAGGUCACAAAUGUAUCUGGAAAAUACCAAUGAUGUAUUUUUCAGAUAUAUAUUCAGACUGUCUCUAUCCAACUGAAUAUUGCUAGCUGUGGAGUUGAAGGCAAAUUAUAGAAUUCUAUGGUACUGAUCAUGAUGCUAGAAGCAACUUCCAUUAUGUGAAGAUCAGUAUCAUUGCCAUCAACUUGGGCAAACAAAAUUAAGAUCUCUAAGGAGAAAGCCAUGAGAAUUAGUAAAAUGGCACUAGUCUCUGUCCUUUUCUGCAGAUCAAGAAUUGUGUAAUUAAUAACAUCUUCACAAAAAAAACCCACCCUCCUAAUCAAAAGGGUGCUGUCAGCUCCAACAGGUUGGAAAAUAAGUCUACUCUCAGAAGACAAACAGAUAAAGUAAUACAGUGUUAAACUAUCCUUGGAUUAUGUUUUCUCUUUUGCCUAGUUCUUAGAAACAGCAGAUGAGGUAGGAAACCCUAUUGAAGACAGCUUGUGAUUUGCUGUUUAUGAAUGGACUUCUUUCAUACACAGGACAAUAAUUUAAAUGAUGUGCACAUGCCUUUAAUGCUGCUGCUGCUGCUGAAGUAUAUGGAGGAACAAGGCGCCCAACAGGAAGCUGGUACUACAAAACGACAAGCACCUUUAUUCUCUCCCUUCUCCAGUGACAUUAAGGCACACUUACCCAUGCUGCAGCAUGAAGUAACACAUUUGUCUGUGAUCAGUUCCACUUC